AUGGACGAUGAGGUACGACAGCAAAUUCUCCAGCGAACUCUGCAGGAGGUGGACGAGGAGUCUGCUAUUGCCAAUCCCUGUGUUAUUUGUCUAGACAAAAUCACCGAACCCUGCGUGGCUCAGCCAUGUCAUCAUGCCAACUUCGACUUCUUGUGCCUCGUCAGUUGGCUGGAGCAACAACCUACCUGUCCCCUAUGUAAAUCCGAGCUGACAGCCGUCGAAUACGAACUCGAAGCCCCGGAAGGCCCGAAGCUAUACAAGGUUCCGCCGCGGAUCGCGAAGCCCCCCACACCAGCAGCGCCUAGAUCACGCCCAGGGCCUCGCCACGGCCCUCGAGGAGGACGCAACUUUCCCCAGCCGUCUCGCCCCCAGCUCGAUGAUCCCCUUGAACGCCGGCGCAAUGUGUAUCGCAACCAGACAUACUCUAUGCGAGUUGGGACCAAUCGCCUAUCGCAAUAUCGAGAAUUGACACCGGAGCUCUUCAACCGAGACGAAGAGCUUGUCUCAAGGGCUCGGAAGUGGAUCCGCCGUGAACUGAAAGUGUUCAGCUUCUUAAACCCUGAAACUGAGGAGCAAGAGCGGACGCCCCAGCAGCAAGUGUCACGUCCGGGGCACCAACGGCUGGAGAAUCGCAGAGCGAACAAUGCCGAGUUUCUCCUUGAGUAUGUAAUCGCCAUCCUGCGCACCGUUGAUCUUAAAGGAAGUGCUGGACAGUCAGAGGAGCUGUUGCGCGAUUUCAUUGGACGCGAGAAUGCUCGUUUGUUUAUCCAUGAAUUACAGGCAUGGCUGAGAAGUCCCUACAUGUCGCUUGAAGACUGGGACCGCCAUGUACAGUAUUCAAACACUGCCAGGGCAACAUCUGAUACAGGGCGAGGAGAACCUCAUCAGUUGGACCGCACUUGGCGUUCUGCAAGCAACCGAGGCAGAGCUCAAUCGUUUCGUCGUCGGCCAUACAGGUCACGGUCUCAAGAGGCACUUGAUCGAUCCAGGCGACUGCAGCAUGCUCAGCAAAGAUAUCACCCAUACUAA